UAGAACCAGCCUCAUCACCAACAUCUCUCUUCUUCGUAUUGACAAAAAUGAGCUUAUCACUAACUCUGCAUUCGAUACCAAAACCAGUUCAAAAUGUUGUAGUCACCUUCCAACAACAACAGUCUCCAGCACAAGAAAGAGAAAAACAACAAUUACCACUGAGGAAAACUGAUACCGCCAUUUCGCUGCUGCGACUUUGUAGAAAUGGCGAAGAGGUUGUCCAGUUGCUCGCGGCUUCCGAGGGCAAGCAGGCCCAUGCCCAGAUGGUAAAAUGCCCAAUUCGGUUCAGAACCCAGUCCUGGAAUUCGCUGUUGGAUUUCUAUGCGAAGAUUGGAGAGAUCGGAUCGUUGCGGAAACGAUUGUUUGAUCAAAUCGAGGAACCCGAUAUCAUCUCUUGGAAUUGUUUGCUUGAUGGGUUCGUAAAAACAGGGGAUCUGGAUGCUGCACGGGAGAUUUUUGAUGUAAUGCCUCAGAGGGAUACUGUUUCUUGGACCAUUAUGCUUGUGGGUCAUGCCAACGCUGGCUUGUUGAGCGAAGCUUUCCAAUUGUUUGACAAUAUGCCAGAACGCAACAUGGUUUCUUGGAGUGCGAUGAUUAGUGGGUGUGUGCAAAUGGGUCGAUACAGGGAGGGAUUGGAUCUUUUCAAAAAGAUGCUAGUUGCAGGCAUCAAGACAGAUAAGAUCACGAUGACAACAUUGCUGUCUGCCUGUGCGAGGUUGGGAGCGCUUGAUCAGGGUCAAUGGAUUCAUACCUAUAUAGAAAAAAAUAUGAUAGAAAUCGAUGCCCAUCUAUCUACUGCUUUAGUUGAUAUGUAUGCCAAAUGUGGGAGGAUUGAUGUCGCUCUCAAAGUCUUCCGACGUUCAGGACAUAAUAAGGUGUUUUUAUGGAAUGCCAUUCUGGGAGGCCUUGCUAUGCAUUCGCGUGGGAGGGAAGCUGUUGAACUGUUAUCUGAAAUGUUAGAGGAAGGGAUAAAGCCCAACCAGAUCACCUUCCUCUGCGUGUUAGCAGCAUGUAGCCACUCUGGUCUAGUUGAUGAUGGGUUGCGAAUAUUUCACAUUAUGAUAAAUGAUCACAAUAUCAAGCCUACCAUGGAGCACUAUGGAUGCAUAGUGGAUCUUUUUGCCCGUGCGGGUUUGUUGAAUGAUGCAAAAUGGGUUAUAGAAACCAUGCCAAUAGAAGCUGAUGGAAGUGUUUGGAGAGCGCUCCUUGGCGCUUGUAGACUUCAUGGUAAUGUUGAUUUGGGUGAGCAGAUAGGGAGGAUCUUAAUUGAACUGGAGCCCUCAAAUGAUGGAAAUUACGUGCUUCUGUCAGAUAUUUAUGCAAUUGGUAAGAGGUGGGAGGAUGUUGGUAAGUUGCGGAGGGGGAUGAAGGUGAGUGGGGUUAGGAAGAUGCCUGGUUGCAGCUCCAUUGAAAUAAAUGGUGUCAUCCAUGAGUUUGUUGCAGGGGACAAUUCUCACCCAGAGAGUCAUAAGAUAUAUAGAAUGUUGGAUGAGAUGGCCCCUUUGCUAGUUGCUGGGCUUGCAUAGUGAUCUGGAAGUAUAACACCACGUUUGAUUUGGAUAUCGAGGCUUUCAUAGUGACCUCUACUUGACUGAUUAUUCAGUUUACAGGUUGCCAAGCCAUAUUGCUUUGGUUCAUUUUGUCGCUGGAUGGGGCUUUACAAGUUGGGUUCCUGAAUAGUGUCGGAAUUGUGUGAAAGAAAAGAAGAGAUAGAAAGCACUGAGUCUCAUACUCCAUUGAUCUCAUGGAUCUUUACAAGGACGGGAAGAAGUUACCUGUAUAUAUUGUACAGCCCUUUGAUCUAUAUACUGUAUAUCAUUUUUGAGAGCCCCUUUUCCAAUAGUGCCUCUUGGGGUUUGAGUUGUUUCUGUCACAGGGAAUGAAGAUGCUGGUCUCUACUUAGAAGUAGAAAACUUCAUCAAGAGUAUCCUCUGCAGGAAAGAACAUGUGAGUUGAUUUUAUGUAGUUGUGGAAAUGGUAAAUAUGUACAUAUAUGAAUUGAAUCUACUUAUUAUACGAAGAUGCAUCUGACCAGUAAUUUGAGAAAUCUGUUAGUGA